CUGCUUCGAUCCGGGCCCGGGCCAGCUCUGGUGGUGGAAAUGCCUUCUGGAUGAGCUGCUUCGUUUGAUCAAUUGCCGCGACAGACGCUCGCGAGCCGCCCGAAAUGCAUAUCGUACAGCUGCAGCGGCCUUUGCAGAGGGCUGCUGCGAGCAGCUGCCUGCAAUUACUGCGGCCGACGACGACGAGGACGGCGACGGCGGCCCGUCUCAGCGACGGACUCGCCCGCCUCCAGAUCAACGACAGCGCCGCCGCCCAGGGCCGCCGCUAUGCCAGUGUCAAGGCCCAGGGCGCAUACAAGAUACCCAACAAGAAGACGCUGCCAAAGAAGAUGGGCGCCAAGCGGACCGGCGAUCAAUAUGUAAUCACCGGUAACAUCAUCUACAAGCAGCGCGGCACGAUAUGGCACCCGGGCGAGAACACCAUCAUGGGCCGCGACCACACCAUCCACUCGGCCAUCGCCGGCUACGUCAAAUACUACCGCGACCCCCAACGCCACCCCAAGCGUCAGUACAUCGGUGUCGUGUACGACCGCAACGACAAGCUCCCCUACCCGGUGGGCGCCCCUCGUAAACGCAAGCUCGGCUUUGUCGCCGUGCCGCGGAAGAUAAUAGAGCACACCGAGGGCGGCAUCGGGCCGAGCGGCAUCCCCUACACGGUGACGCGGCACGAGGUGACCGAGGACACGCCCGCGACCGAGACCGUAAUAGUCUCCGCAACAGCCACAGAGACGGCCGAGCCAGCCACAGCAGAGGCCGAGCAGCCGGAAGAGCCGGCGGGGCCCCUCGACGGCAACGCGAUCCUGUCGGCGCUGAUCAAGGAGAAGCUGCAGCGGCGGGCCGAGUACAAGGCCAAGACGAAGCUUGCGCAAGAGAAGUUGGAGAAGGAGAUGGCGGCGCGGCGCGGCACGCGCAUAUUCCGGCUGCAAGACGACUACAGCUACCGCGAGAGCAACUGGGAGAUUGGCCGGCUGGUCGGCGACACGGGCGGCAGCAUCCCCGGCACGGAGAAGACGGCGUCGCGCAAGGCGCUGCUGCGCUCCAAGCGCGUCGCCCGCACCGUCCACAAGAUGGCCAUCAAGCAGCGCAUGCUCGAAAAGGCCGGCCGUCGCGAGGUCUACCGCGGCCUCGUCCGCGCCAAGCGCGCCCGCAUGGCCGAGGAGAACAAGGCCAACCGCGCCGCCGUCAAGGCUGCCGCCGCCGCCGAGAAGCUGGCCCAGCAGGCCAAGAAGGCUGCGACCAAGGGCGGGAAGGGCGGCGAGGGCGGCGGCGAGGGCGAGGUCAAGGUGUAGGUUUAGAGCCGUGUUUGAAGGGGGGCGUUCUCGGCUUGUCGAGAUUCUGCGGUGCGGUGCGGAUCUGAUGUGUCUAACGACGCGCCGCUGUAGUAUAUACUGUCACGAAUAAAUUACCUGUUCAUCUUGGUGUGUGUGAUGCGCUGAGAAUCUGUCUUUGUCCGGUAGGACAGAGGUUGACCUUGGAGCAGAGUGUGUAGAAAGAAGAUACCUUGUCAUUUUAUGUACUAGCCUGCCACCUGGGCUUUUUUCGUUGCUUUCUCAAGUUCCUCGACAUGCAGAUGAUACGUACAAACGCGACUGAUAUUGGACUUGAACAAGAUCUGAGGCUUCAGGUCAACAAUUUGGUAACUAGGCGAGAUGCAAAAAUUAACCCAGGGUGGAUGUGGUUUUUCCCUAGCUGAGGGGAAUAUGAGAAUAAUCUGAAAAUU